AUGCACGUCGGGCAAAAGCUCCAAGAACAGGCGGCCUCCGGCCGACCUGGAAUUUCCUUUGAAUACUUUCCCCCCAAGACUGCACAAGGUGUUCAGAACCUAUACGACCGUAUGGACCGCAUGCAUGAUCUGGGCCCAGCUUUCAUCGACGUCACCUGGGGUGCAGGCGGCAGCCGAUCUGAAUUGACUUGUGAAAUGGUCCGAAUUGCACAGACAGUCUUUGGUUUAGAGACCUGCAUGCACUUGACAUGCACCGAUAUGCCUCGCGAACGUGUUGACGCCGCCCUUGAAGCUGCCUAUCACGCCGGUUGCACAAACAUCCUCGCCCUACGUGGAGACCCGCCUCGUGAACAGGAAAAAUGGGAGGCUGCAGAGGGAGGCUUUCGAUAUGCCAAGGACUUGGUCAAAUACAUUCGGGAGAAAUAUGGGAACCAUUUCGAUAUUGGCGUUGGUGGAUAUCCGGAGGGAGCUGAUGAUAAUUCUGAUGUGGAUCAAUUGAUUGACCAUUUGAAGGAAAAGGUAGAUGCGGGGAGUACAUUCAUUGUCACACAAAUGUUUUACGAUGUGGACAAUUUCUUGAACUGGGUGGACAAGUGUCGUGCAAAGGGAAUAAAUGCCGCUAUUAUUCCUGGCAUUAUGCCCAUUUCAACAUACGAUGCUUUUAUGCGUCGUUCGAAUUGGACAAAGAUCCGCAUUCCUCCAGAUUGGCUGGAAAAGCUUGAACCAGUCAAAGCCGAUGACGCCAAAGUCCGAGAGAUUGGUACGAAGUUAGUGGCUGAAAUGUGCCGUAAACUGUUGGGAUCUGGCCAAAUCCACCACCUUCAUUUCUACACCAUGAACCUUGCACAAGCUACCCGUCUCAUCCUAGAAGAAUUGAGACUUCUACCGUCUGAAGAAUCUCCUCUCCACAAGCCUCUGCCGUGGCGACGAUCCCUCGGUCUACGCCGACGCAGCGAAGACGUUCGUCCGAUCUUCUGGCGGAACAGGAAUGCUUCUUAUAUUGCCCGCACAGCCGAUUGGGACGAAUACCCCAACGGACGCUGGACCGACGCUCGUUCCCCCGCUUUUGGCGAGUUGAACGCUUACGGCGUGCGACUGAAAGGAACAAACGAACAAAACAUUAAACUCUGGGGCGCACCAAAAUCUAUCAAGGACCUUUCCGAAAUCUUUCUGCGUUACCUGAACGGCAAAUUGGACAGGCUGCCAUGGAGCGACCAAUCCGUCACUCUCGAGACCAGCGACAUUCAGAAUGAGCUUCUCGAUUUGAAUAGACGCGGUUUCCUCACCAUCAAUUCGCAACCCGCCGUAAACGGCGUCAAAUCAAACGAUCCCGUCCACGGCUGGGGACCCCGCAACGGCUUCGUGUAUCAAAAAGCAUACCUCGAACUCCUCGUUCCACCGGAACACGUCGACGAAAUUCUACGACGAAUUGAGAAGAAUCCCGAUCUCACAUACUACUGCGUCAACAAGACCGGAGAACUCAAAGCGCGAAGUGACGAAGGCCCCAACGCCGUAACUUGGGGCAUCUUUGCUUCCAAGGAGAUUAUUCAGCCUACAAUUGUCGAGAGUGUGAGCUUCAUGGCCUGGAAGGAUGAGGCUUACCAGCUCGGCGAUGACUGGGCCAAAUGUCAUCCUGCAGAUAGCCCGAGCCGGAAACUUUUGCAGCGGGUUAUGGAUGAGUGGUACAUUCUCAAUAUCGUGAACAACGACUUCCACAAAAAGGACGACAUCUUCCGCCUCUUCGACGGCCUUGUCAUCAAAGACUUUGAGACUGAAGUCGUCACCACCGCCCCUGUAGUCACCGACGGCACUAAUUAA